GAACAAGCAUGGGAAACAGUGUUUAUACCCUUUACAAUGAAGAUCUGUGAAAUUAUUUGGAUUUUUACAAAUGAUCUUUGAAAGACAGGGUCUUGAAAAAGGGACGUUUAUUUUGUCGCUGAGUUUAUUAUGUUCUCUUCCUCCGACUUUUAGCUUAGAACUUUUUUUGGGGUGGCAGAUUUUUGUCUCGCCUAAGGCGGCAGAAAGUCGAGCACUGGCCCUGAUGGUCACGAUACAACCUGGCCACACACAGACUCUAGAUUAGUUUAGAUUAAUUUAUUUUACAGGAGCUGUAGUUCAUAAACUGACCCAGCGAGUUGCAGUGAACUGCGCAUCUGCUAUCAGAAACCAAAAGCGUUUAAAGCAACCGGACUGCAGUUGUGGGAGGUGUUUUAAGUGAUCCAGUGACAGCCCUCCUAAAGCAACACCAGACUGCCUGGAAGUGUGAGGAAAGCCCAGCAACACGUAGCCAUGUUGGAGGAGGACAUGGAAGUGGCCAUCAAGGUGGUGGUGGUGGGCAACGGUGCGGUGGGGAAGUCCAGCAUGAUCCAGCGCUACUGCAAGGGCAUCUUCACCAAGGACUACAAGAAGACCAUCGGUGUGGACUUCCUGGAGAGACAGCUACUAGUGAAUGAUGAAGAUGUGAGAUUGAUGUUGUGGGACACGGCAGGGCAGGAAGAGUUUGACGCCAUCACCAAGGCCUACUACCGCGGUGCCCAGGCGUGUGUACUGGUCUUCUCCACCACCGACAGGGAAUCGUUUGAGGCCAUCGGCAGCUGGUGGGAGAAGGUGGAGAUAGAGGUGGGAGACAUCCCCACUGUCCUGGUGCAGAACAAGAUUGACCUUCUGGAUGACACAGUGAUCAAAAAUGAGGAGGCAGAAGGUCUGGCCAAGAAGCUCAAGUUAAGGUUUUACCGAACCUCUGUAAAGGAGGACCUCAAUGUCAAUGAAGUUUUUAAAUACCUAGCAGAUAAGUAUCUGCAGCGACUGAAGCGACAAACAGCAGAAGAGCCUGAGGUAGUCCAUACAACUAGCAAUAAAAUUGGAGUUUUCAACACCACAAGUAGUAACUUAUCUAGUCAAAACUCCAGCAACGGCCGAGAAGUCAUCAGCUUGCGACCCAACAAACAGAGGACAAAGAAAAGCAAAAACCCCUUUGGUAGCUGCAGCCUUCUUUAGAAUCAAUGCAUUCCCUACAAUAAUGUACGAUUUGACUGCCGUGUGAGUGUAAGAGUCUAUAUAUUUACAUUUGAGCAUAACCUAGGUGUAGGUCUUAAUUUGACCCCCUCUUUUGUUGCUGAGAAUUUCACUGCAAAUGACCUUCAUGAUGGACAUAAAUUCACAAAAAAAUCUGCACGUAUAACAUAUUAACAGUAUUGCACUUCAUGUAGCCUAAUUUUGGCCAGCAAAUAGUCUAACCACAGAACAAGCAACACUAAAAGUUCAAAUCCUGUUGCUGCAGGAUUAUUUUUGCUCUGACAAUAUUGGUCAAAUGAAGAUCCGACAUCUGUAAAUCUAAUAUGCACCUGAGUAUUGUGAAUACCAUGCCUUUGAGCAUCUUUACAGAUCAAGUGCAGCCUUUUGUUUCUCAUGGAUAGAUGUAUGAAAUAUAAAGCGACAGUAACAAUAGUCGUUCUGGUGGCUGUAAUGGGUACUACAAUCCAACACAGACUGUUGUAGCAUGAAUGUAAUGCUUGAAGCAGAUCUUUUGAGAAAUAGUAGUUGGGCAUGACAGGGUUCUCCCAUUUACACCCUUCAACAUGGUGCAGGGAAGGGUUACAUUCUAGUUCACUAACAAGGUGUAUUUCUAUGUUCAUAUUGUGAUUUUUUUUUAAAUAGAUUGCCAUUUGUGCACUUGAAUCUGUUUGUAUUGUAAGAAAUAUACAGAUUACUUUCUACCAUAUUUGUUCUAAAAUAUUAAUGGAAUAUGGUUCAAUAUGCUGAGUGUACAAAACAUUAGGAACACCUUCCUAAUAUUAAGUUUCUCUGCCUUUUGCCCUCAGAAAGUGGUUAAUUUGUCGGGGCAUGGACUCUACAAGGUGUCCAAAGCAUUCCACAGGGAUUCUGGCCCAUGUUGACUCCAGUGUUUCCCACAGUUGUGUCAAGUUGCCUGAAUGUCCUUUGGAUGGUGGACCAUUCUUGAUUAAACACAGGAAACUGUUGAGCAUGAAAAACCCAGCAGCAUUGCAGUUCUUGACACACUCAAACCGGUGCCCUAUCAAAGGUACUUAAAUAUUUUUGUGUCUUGCUCAUUCACCUUCUGGAUGGCACACAUACACAAUCCAUGUCUCAAGGCUUAAAAAUCCUCCUUUAACCUGUCUCCUCCCCUUCAUCUACACUGAUUUGAAGUGGAUUUAACAAGUGGCAUCAAUAAAGGAUCAUAGCUUUCACCUGGUCCGUCUGUCAUGAAAAUGUUUUGUACACUCUGUGUAUAUCAUGAAUAAAGACUAAGGGCUCUAUUUUAACAAGGCUAACACAAUGGUAAGUUUUAAUGCUGGCAGUGGCGUUAUGGGUUCGGGAUGUCAUGUUCUUGUUAUUUUCACUAUCGGAAUUAUUGGCGCAGUAGCUGGCUGUGGUGCGAAAGAGCUGGGUUUUGAUGAACAAACAUGUUGAGGUUUGGCCCCUCACCGGCCAAUCAGAACCUGCUCCAUGACUAAAUAUGUGGUGGCUUCAAGUUGUGUGUUUACGCUAUUUUAUGUGUUAAACCAAAAACAAUGUUUCUAAAUAGGAUCGGGUCAGAAGCUUUAUCAUACAUGGCUUCUCGUUCCAUGGCAUUGUGUACACGUGGUCUAAAUGUCUUUACACACAACAUUCUAUUGACUAUAGAAAAUACUAGGCUCCUGACAAUUGUAUCGUUGCCUAUGUUUUGAGAAUCAGCCUGCAACAAUCUACCAUUAUGUCAUUAUAGGAGGACUGAAUCGUUUGGAGGAAUGUGGCUUUGGUAAUCAGACGAGGGGUGUUCUUUGAAAAUGGGGAUGGAUAGCCUACUUGAACAAGCUAAAUGCCGGUAUGUGAAUAAUUAAAAAGCAUUAGGGCAAAAACCUAAUUUCAAAGCACUCUGACUAUUUAAAAUGGCUUCAUUCAUACUAAUUUUGGCUAAUGGCCAUUGCAUGAGCGGUAAGAUAUUUUUACAUUUUAGUCAUUUAGCAGACGCUCUUAUUCAGAGCGACUUACAGGAGCAAUUAGGGUUAAGUGCCUUGCUCAAGGGGACAUCGACAGUUUAUUUUACCUAGUCAUCUCGGGGAUUCAAACCAGCAACCUUUCAGUUACUGGCCCAACACUCUUAACCACUAGGCUACCUGCCGCUCCACCUGCUUUUUGUUGGUCUUCAAACUUCCCUAUAGCACUGCAUGAAAUUGUUUUUAAGGACACGCCUCAAAUCUUGCCACCCAUCCCACCUCAGCACAAGCAACUGAUGUUAGACAGUUAAAAUGCCGAACCUGGCGUUAGGAAAAAUGCUCAGAAAAUGCUAGUGCAUCAGUUUUUACAUGACGCAACUAAUGUGCGUUUGAUGCUUGCACCUUAACACCAGCCAACAAUCGAAACCUACGAGAUUCAGACAUAUUUGUUCAUUCUUUUCUGAAAUGUAUUUUUAUAUGAAUCUUAACACCUUCGUUAACAUAGUGCCAAAUAGUUUCUAAUGCUUAUUUCAUUGUUGUAAGACAUUUUCAUAUUUUAAAGAAAGAUUGGAGGGAUUUUUCAGUUUUGAGAAUAUUGAAUUAGUCGACGAGAAGAGUUUGCUGUUAUACGACCAAAUACUAUUUGAGAUUUGCACAAUAGGCCCUCUACUUGAGACACAAACUUAUACAAUGUUGUAGACUUAUAGGAUGGAUGAGCCGGUGAAGAGGAUUUUGCUACACAGAACAUACAAAUCAAUAAUAUCCCUCUAUCUGGUUAGCGCACACAAUUCAUGCACAGGUGUUUGUACUGGUCAUUGUAACUGGACAACUAUUUGGUCUAAUUUUUAUAGAGUACUACCAAUUGAAAUUGUUUACAUAUUGCUGCAUUUAAAUAUGUGCUUUGUGUUUCUACUGUGGUACAAUCAAUGGUAACAUCUUUAAUGUGCUCAUUUUUGAGUCAAUUUAUAUUUGUUACAUUUUAUAUUUGUUACGUUAAUUUCGGGAGAAAUAAACACUUGUUUACUAAAAUAUCAGAUUUUUAUUUUAAAGUGAAAACAGAUCUCAAUGUCUUGAGUGUCCUUACGUUAUGAACAGAACUACUAUCAUGCUCUGAGGAGUGCUUUGUAAUGGCUUAAUUUUCUCGCCUAGUCAUCAUGCUUGGAUAAUGUUCUGUUACCACUCUCUAACCGAUGUUGACUUUUUCUGAGGCAAGACAUAUAUUUUUGCUCUCAUUUCACUGUAAUUUUAUUUGACCUUUAUUUAACUAGGCAAGAUCAGUUAAAAACAAAUUCUUAUUUUCAAUGACGGCCUAGGAACAGUGGGUUAACUGCCUGUUCAGGGGCAGAACGACAGAUUUGUACCAUGUCAACUCGGGGGUUUGAACUUGCAACCUUCCGGUUACUAGUCCAACGCUCUAACCACUAGGCUACCCUGCCGUAAGACAAACAGGAAAGUCUCAUUGUCUCUAUACUGUCCUCUUCAUAACUUUUAGUUACCCAUUAACACUUCACAAAUCAAAAUGGCCCCCAUGUUUCUAAGUACAUUCUACUGUAUUUAAAAAUAAAUGAAAAAAGUACUGUCUUCAGUAAAUGAUGCAUGCUUGCCUUAUUUUAUUUUUAUUAAUUUUUUCAUGUGAAGGAAUGUGGAACCACGGUCAAAUGCCACAAUGCUUUGUCCAUGUAGGUUUACAUCCUCAUUCUUAAACAUCUAACUAUUUUGUUUUAAAGAUGCCUGCUCAGUGAAUAUUGUAAAUCACACUCCAUCCCUUUAUAACAAUUGCUGUUUGUAAACAUGUGUUAUGGUUUGUUUGUCUUCUGAAAAUACAAUGUUUUAUAAUGACCAAUGAACUAAUUUAUAAUUCAGUCAGUUACCAUUCUUAGAAAAUCUAUGGCCAAGUGCUCUUUCACUCAGAUGUGAGAAUCACUGUAAUCCAUUCUAUUGUUACAAUGUUAUUACAUUCAGCAGAUGACUUUUGGAAAUAUUGCAUACUGCUUCCACCAACUUUAAUGUUUGUACCCAGAUGUGCCAGUCUGUUUCUGCUUUCUUGUAAACUCCUUAGCGAGUUGGCAUUUAUUGUCAUGAAUCUUGACCUGGAGGCAGCUAUGCUGUGGUCACUAGCUAGCACAGUCAUAAAAUAUGAUGUUAAACAACCACACUGCUAACCCUAAUCUUAAAUUACAACCAGGGCAAGAUUCAUUUAAAAAAUAUAUAUAUUUCACCUUUAUUUAACCAUUUGCAACUGCAACCUGGCCAAGAUAAAGCAAAGCAGUGUGACACAGACAACAACAGUUACACAUGGAGUAAAUAAUAUACAAGCCAAUAACACAAACAAGUCAAUGACACAGUAGAAAAUAUAAAGUCUAUAUACAGUGUGUGCAAAAGGCAUGAGGAGGUAGGCAAUAAAUAGGCCAUAGGAGCAAAUAAUUACAAUUUAGCAGAUUAACACUGGAGUGAUAAAUGAGCAGAUGAUGUGCAAGUAGAGAUACUGAUGUGCAAAAGAGCAGAAAAGUAAAUAAAACAAAACCAGUGGGGAUGAGGUAGGUAGAUUGGGUGGGCUAUUUACAGAUGGACUAUGUACUGCUGCAGCGAUCGGUUAACUGCUCAGAUAGUUGGUGAGGGAAAUAAAAGUCUCCAACUUCAGCAUUUUUAUUUUUUUUGCAAUUCGUUCCUGUCACUGGCAGCAGAGAACUGGAAGGAAAGGCGGCCAAAUUAGGUGUUGGUUUUGGGGAUGAUCAGUGACAUAUACCUGCUGGAACGCUAUGGGUGGGUGUUGUUAUUGUGAACUGAGAUCAGGCGGAGAUUUACCUAGCAUGGACUUAUAGAUGACCUGGAGCCAGUGGGUCUGGUGACGAAUAUGUAGCGAGGGCCAGCCGACUAGAGCACACAGGUCACAGAGGUGGGUGGCAUAAGGUGAUUUGGUAACAAAAUGGAUGGCACUGUGAUAGACUGCAUCCAGUUUGCUGAGUAGAGUGUUGGAAGCUAUUUUGUAGAUGACAUCGCCGAAGUCGAGGAUCGGUAGGAUAGUCAGUUUUACAGGGUAAGUUUGGCGACGUGAGUGAAGGAGGCUUUGUAGCAAAAUAGAAAGCCAAUUCUAAAUUUGAUUUUUGGAUUGGAGAUGUAAGUCUGGAAGGAGAGUUUACAGUCUAGCUAGACACCUAGGUAUUUAUAGUUGUCCGCAUAUUCUAGGUUGGAACGUCCAGGGUGGUGAUGCUAGUCAGUCGGGCGGGAACGGGCAGCGAACGGUUGAAAAGCAUGCAUUUGGAUUUACUAGCGUUUUAAGAGCAGUUGGAGGCCAUGGAAGGAGUGUUGUAUGGCAUUGAAGCUCGUCAUAACCCUAAACGUCAACCUGCAACUCCUUGGAAUUGUCAUGCUAAACAUUGCUUGUCAGUAUGGAGUAGACAAGGGCACAUACAUACCUGGGUCCAGGCUACAGACUUUAACUUCGUGUCACAAAAGUUUGACAAAAUGUAACACUUAAUAGUAGGUGUAUAUCUCAGUUUGUUCAUUUGUAUUACUUUGAUUUAACAGUUAUAAAGUGUCUCAAGGUGCCACACAUUCUUGCACCUGCUCCUUUGUUGACAAUCUGUUUUGAUGAUGGUGAUCUAUAGCAUAAAUAAAAUAUCUAUUUUCAUUGUUUU